CUUGCGCACACCAGUGCGUCGCAGAAGGAGUACGAGGCAAGCGGAUCCACAAGCCUGUCUUGAUUUUGGACGCAGCGUACAAAAUAUCAAGAGAAAAGACGCAAGAUAUGGAGAAAUAACGUCUCGAGCGAGCCCAAUCCAUAAGUUAAUUUCCGAAGAAUCAAGACAGCGGGCUGUGAGUGCGUAUGUUUGGAAUAGGACCAUGGUGUUGAAGAUGUUUACAUGACCGGAGGCAACGAGGUGGACAUGCGAUAAGGGAAGGAAAGGCUACCACGCCAGCCAGCCAGCCAGCCAACCAGCCAGACCCCUGCCCCUCCGAUACAGCAAAAGCGUGUGUGUAUGUGAAUGAAUGCGUGCCUAUGCUUGUUACUGUAUGCGUGCGUGGAUAGGCCUGUUGUUAUUUUAUUUCUCCGGUGACGGUUGGGGUUGCUAUAAAGCGGACUAGCAGUACAAAAAGACACAUUGCCGAAGAUGCUGAGGAGGCGGUGGUCCGCAUCCGCAACGCCAUGCCGCAGCUCCCUGUCCGCCGUCGUUCUCCUCCUCGUGCUGCCCAGGUGCCUGCUCUCAGCCCGCGCGGAGAAGAACAUCGAGGACUAUUACAGCGCCACGGUCAACGCCACCGUGCUGGACCUCAAAGGCAACCCUAAGCAAAUGCUCACCAAGGACGAUGGGAGGUACGGGCAGAACUCGCCAAAGACGGAAGCCAAGGGGAUCGUGAUUGCACCUGCGGCACCCGCCAACGGAGCGGUGGACCUGCAGGGAUGCUGCGCCAGCACGCGCUUCGUGGUGCCGCCGCGCACCAACCACUGGGUGGCGCUCCUCCAGCGGGGCAAGUGCACCUUCAGGGAGAAGAUCCUCAAGGCGGCCGCCUUCAACGCCACCGCCGUGCUCAUCUACAACAACAGCAGCAAGGAGGAGACGGUCACCAUGGCCCACAAAGGAACGGGUGACACGGUGGCCGUGAUGAUCACCGAGUCGUACGGCAAGGAGCUGCUGGCGCUGCUGGACCGCAACCUGACGGUGCUGGUGUCGGUGUCGGUGGGCUCGCGCGGGCCGCCCAAGAACAUCAACCGCGGCUCGCUGGUCUUCGUCUCCAUCUCCUUCAUCGUGCUGAUGAUCAUCUCCUCGGCCUGGCUCAUCUUCUACUUCAUCCAGAAGAUUCGCGACACCAACGCGCGCGACCGCAGCCAGAGGCGGCUGGGAGACGCAGCCAAGAAGGCCAUCGGGAAGCUGACCACCCGCACUGUGAAGAGGGGAGACAAGGAGACAGACCCAGACUUCAACCACUGUGCUGUGUGUAUCGAAGGCUACCAGCUCAACGACGUGGUCCGCAUUCUCCCUUGCAAGCAUGUCUUCCACAAGAUGUGUGUGGAUCCCUGGCUGAAUGAGCACUGUACUUGCCCCAUGUGCAAGCUGAACAUCCUCAAAGCCCUGGGCAUCAUGCCCAACCUGCCGUGCGUGGACAACGUGGCGUUUGACAUGGAGCGCAACAGCGCGCCGCGCAGCCAGACCUCCAGCCAGCGGGCGGCGCUAGUGGACCUGUCCAGCGAGACGGGCAGCAUCAGCCUGGAGCCUCUGCGGCCCGGCAGUGGCGGCACCACGCCCCAGCCGCCCGCCGACCCAGACGCGCCCACCCCCCGCUCGGGGGAGAUCAACAUCGCUGUCACCAAAGAGUGGUUUAUAAUCGCCAGCUUCGGCCUGCUCAGCGCCCUCACCCUCUGCUACAUGAUCAUCCGGGCCACCGCCGGAUACACCAGCCUCCAAGUGGACGAGGAGUGAACAGGGGCCUGGCACAACUGUGAAAGUCCAGCCGCACCUUUCUGCACCAGCUGCCUUCUCCCUGUCACCAUUCUACUCCAGCACAUAGUGAAAAGAAAGUGCUCCUGUGUGCUUAAGCUUGUUGCACAAGCAGUACUGUACAUUUUUGCCAGACAGUUAUGGUCUUUCGAGGUACAAUAUGGUAUUGCAAAGGAUCUUUCUGGUUACCCUUUUAGGUACAAAAAUCUGUUUUAAAAAACGGUGUUGUAUCUAGACUGGACGCAUAAUAUAAGAAAAGUACAUUUCCAAGAAAGUUUUUUAUAGUAAGAAGGACAGGGCUGGACUGAUAAUCUGACAAAGAGGACAUUGCCCGGUAGAGACUGAACCACAAUUUAUUUAUGAAUGGUGAUUACAAUGCAUAAGUGAAGCACCAUGCCAGGUGUUUUAAUUUGGCUCAGGAGGAGGUAAGGUUGGACGGAGGACUCCUCUUCAUGAGAAAAUGCCCAGGUUUAUUUGGUCCCGUUUCAGUCCUGAAGAAGAAGGUACAUAAUUGUCCUGCAAAACGGUGGUGCUGGCGCAACAAGCUUAGAUACACAGCAGUGCUUACAUAUCUGUCUGUCUUGUGCCAUCUGUUCCUGUGAUGCCUCUCUGAACCUUUGUCACUGUGCCUAUUUGUUUUUUUAGAUGUUUUUUAAAUGAAUGAAAGCUUUUGGAUGAAUUAAAUGUGUUUAUGGUGUAUA